AUGGCACCGCUUCGCCACCGUGCUCGUACGCCAGUGGCGCCUACAAAUGAGCACCUGACUCAGACGAUGCAAAUGUUAAGCAACGCUCUCUUGCACAACAACAACAACCCUCCGCCGCCACCUGUUGGGCACCGGGAUGUGGUCCGUCUAGUUUCAGGUCAUACACCGCCCGUCUUCUCUGGGGAAGAAGACCCCGUCCUUCUUGAGGAAUGGAUUCGAUCUUUGGACAAGAUUUUCGUAGUGGUUGGUUGCCCGGAAGACCGCCGUGUCGAGUUGGCUACGUUCUACUUCAGCCAUGAGGCGGAUCUUUGGUGCGUGCAUGAAGGCCCGGCGUGCCUCGGGGAACUAGGGUUCGAUUGGUUGGCGUUGAAUGAUAAGCUGAGAGAAAUGUUCUACCCGUCUCACGUGAGGGCAGCCAUGUAUGAAGAGUUCCUUCACCUUCAGCAAGGGACAUCGACGGUGGUGGAAUACCACAAGCGUUUCCUCGAGUUGGCCCGCUUUGCGCGGAUGUUGGUCCCCACCGAGUUGGCUAAGGUGGAGAAGUUCGUUGCGGGGCUCAACUACGAAGCAAGGAAAACCCUGACGGUAAGCAAGCCAAGGACACUCAAUGAAGCCUAUGUGAGUGUGGCGGAUUUGUACCGAGUGCAGCAGCUUCAAAGAGGAUCUAAUGAGUUGGCUAGGAAAAGAAGUGAAGGGAGUGGGCCACAAGGUUUCAAGAGGUCAAGGCAGGACUUUAGGGCAAGACCAGCUUCUUCUCAGUCGCAAGGAUCGGCUCGGACCGAGGGAGAAAGGGAGACCUUUCGGAUGUAG